AUGAGAAGUGAAAGUCCGACAAAACCGUCAACAAGUUACGAUGAUUCGACGAUGAGCUCAACUAGCACAAUAGUUCCAUCAAAAUUUGGAAGAUUUUUGAGAAAACAUCGACCAAAGCAUCAAAUGAAUGUCCACCAAACAAGUCCCGCCAAAAAUUUAUAUAUUGAGUCCGAGCAAAUCGCGAGUUUCGUUCAAAGGAAAGAGCGAGAAGUGGUGGAAAAACUGCCCGAAGUGCCACUAAUAUUGAAAGAACCAAUGGAAACAGUGAGAGAAGUGACUCUAUUUUUGCCGAGUACAUCCAGAGAUCAAUCACCACCGAAAUCUUCAAGAAAUUCCCCGAGAAGGGUUCACAAAAGUCGCUCUGAACAUACACAAACCGAUGCGCCGAAUCUUUUUCAUUACCAUCAUGAUUCCCAUAUCAAUGUUCAGCAUUUCUGUAAUCUUUUUCGCUCGUUGCAUUAUAGAUUUGAAGAGGCGCACCGCGCUCUCGAGCACCUUGAAGACUAUCAUUCUCGGUUGACUCGAGGAGAAGAUGAUAUCCGAGUACCGAUCGAGAGAAUCAUUACCGCAUUCAAGACAAGUCUCUUCGAGGCUUUACUUGAUGUGCAAGAAUUCUACGAGGACACCCUCUUGAACAACUCGAAAUCUCACUCGCAGAAAGUGAUCGAAGCGCUUAAGAUGGCCGAACAAUGGGAGAGAAAUCCACCGUUGCCGUCGCGGAGAACCCAUCUACAUUCAGGGACGGCUGCACCCGUCACUUCUGCGUUCCAAGACCGCGGCGGGUUCAGCUUUGUGAAUUCGACGAGCGCUCCCCAUGGAAACGGGCACACCAGUCACUCGUCGUACACUCUUCAGGAGAAAUCGAGAACUUUGACGAACGACGGCUGGCACACGACCGAGACAACGACACGAACCCUUGAUGGGCCACAAGGACGAUACUCACAGACAACUACUAAAAGUAUCACACACGACGAGCUGGGACGUGCCUGGGAAAUUGAAGAGAUCGUUUUGGAGAAAGGAGGCACAGGCUUAGGCUUCUCAAUCACUGGAGGAAUGGAUCAACCAGCGGACAAUGGAGAUACAUCAAUUCUUGUCACUGAUAUUAUCCCGGGAGGAGCUGCGGCAGCUGAUGGACGUAUGAGACGUCAAGACGCGAUCAUUAAAGUGAACAACGUUGAUUGUGUGAAUGUGUUCCACGAAAUUGCUGUGAAUGCGCUCAAAAAUGCGGGCAACGUGGUACGAUUGACGUUGAAGCGACGCAGAGAGGAUAGGGAUGGAAUGGGAUCCAGAUCAGCAUCACUUCACAAUUUGGGACUUAACGGAAUGGGAGUCAGCACUCCCUCAUAUCCGCCUCCACCACCGCCGGCUCAUGCUUCCUAUACACAGAUCCCCGUAUCAAGGAUUAUUUCCGAAGUCGAGCGUCUUGAGCGUAACCCAGGAGUGCAAAAGAUUGAUCUUUACAAGGGUGCUCGUGGUCUCGGCUUCAGCAUAGCCGGUGGAAUUGGAAACGAGCAUGUGCAGGGAGAUCCCGCAAUUUAUGUCACAAAAAUCAUCGAUGGAGGAGCCGCGUAUCACGAUGGAAGGCUGAAAGUCGGAGAUAAAUUGGUGGCCGUUGAUGAUGUGCCGUUAGAGGGUAUCACUCAUGAAUAUGCGGUGAAUGUGUUGAAGAAUACUGGCACAAAGGUCACUCUGCUUUACGUAAAAAAUCCGCAUCCUGAGUUGACUGGCUACCUCGAGGCUCCCAGUCUACCACCAAGAGCCGGCUCUGUGCCAAAUCUCGUCUCUCACGUGCCUCUGGAUCGCUCAAUCGGAUCUCAGUCUCAUCUCAACUACACUCCAUCCAUUCACGACAGUUUUCAUCCCUCACCUGGAGUGAUUGCCAAUGACCCAAUCCCACUUCAUCCCCGGCCAGUUCCACUUCAAAAAGGAAAUCAAGGAUUGGGGUUUAAUAUUGUUGGCGGAGAGGAUGGAGAACCGAUAUAUAUCAGUUAUGUUCUCCCUGGUGGAGUUGCCGAUCUUUCAGGAAAUGUCAAAAAGGGAGAUAUUCUCGUCGCCGUUAAUGGAAUCGGUCUUCAAAACGCUACUCAUCAACAAGCUGCCGAGACUCUGAAAAACGCGACAAAUCCUGUCACUUUGACUCUACAAUACAGGCCACAUGAUUAUGAAGUGUUCGAGCGAAAAAUCGAGCAAUUGCGCACUGAUAUGAUGAAGGGAAACGUUGUGGCACCGGCUAGAGCGCUUUAUGUGAAAGCGUUGUUCGACAACGAUCCAACUCGCGAAGGUGGACAACCAGCUCGAUCGAUGACUUUCCGUUAUGGAGACGUGCUUCAUAUCACAAAUAUGGCUGACGAUGAUUGGUGGACAGCGAGAAGAGUUGAAGAAAAUGGAAAUGAAGGGCCGGAAGGGGUGAUUCCAUCAAAGAGACGAGUUGAGAAAAGGGAAAGAGCAAGGAGGAAGCAAGUCAACUUUAAUCAGGGCUCUCAAUCGCUUGGCCGAGCCGGUCUGGAGGGUCGUCGUGGUUCCCGUUCGCAGCUCUCAUUCUCUCGCAAAUUCCCAUUCGUCAAAAGCACAGAGCGUCUAAACGAUUUAACGGAUCAAGAGCUGAACAGCAGCGAUGAGCCGAUUCUCUCGUAUCAAGUGAUCGAGCAACAGCAAUUGAACUACAUUCGCCCGGUGAUCAUUCUGGGUGGUUUGAAGGAUCGAAUCAACGACGAAUUGGUGAAUCGAUACCCGGAUCGUUUCAGCAGCUGUGUACCUCACACCUCUCGUCCCGCUCGACCAAACGAGAUCGACGGUCGAGAUUAUCAUUUUGUCUCUAAACAACAAAUGGAAGAAGAUGUCAGAAAUAAUCUCUUCAUCGAAGCUGGACAAUUCCAAGGAAAUCUCUACGGAACGUCGAUCCAAUCCGUGCGUCAAGUUGCUAACAGUGGUCGUCACUGUAUCCUCGAUGUCUCCGGCAAUGCUAUUCGUCGGCUCCAAUCCAUCGCAAACAUUCAACCAGUUGCUAUCUUUGUAAAACCACAAAGCCCGUAUCAGCUUCGCGACUGGGAUCAUCAAAUGGGCGAUGAGGAGGCUCAACAACAGUAUCAGAGAUGUCAACGUAUUGAGAAUACCUUUGGAGAUGUGUUCACACAUGUCAUCUCAAACGCUGGUUCUUUGGAAGAAGUGUUGGCUCGAGUGCAUGGAACGAUCGCAAACGAAUCUCGUCCAACCACAUGGGUUGUCAACACUGCUCGACCACUG